AUGCAGGGAUUAGUAAACGAAAGAAACGACACUUCUCCACCGCCGCUGUUGUCGUCUUUCAGGUACGGUGACAGAUCCCAGGUAUAUACCGAUUUUCCUCGCCGGGGGCCGCCGUCUCUACGGAGGCCCAGCUCGAUCAUGUACAGAGUCGUAUUGAGAACGCAGAAAGUGUGGAUGCCGUCGUCGAAAGAGUCUGUAUCAAUGAGAAACGUGGGGCGAAUGGAGAUGACUGACUCAUCACUAACAUCGCCGCCGGCUUCCGGUUGCAGAUCGGCGAUUAUUACGGCGUACGACAUCGCCGCUUCAUGUGAACUUUGGUUGAUUUCGGCACCAGAAUUGAUUGCGCCGCAGCAGUGUCCAUGGCUGAAAAACUCUGAUGAGAUUUCGAGAUCUGAGUAA